GUUUUGCCGCUACGCAGGUCACAUGAUAAGGGCGGAAGCUGACUCAUAGGCCACGCUGAAUCUCCCGCGUACGCAGCCAUUUACUCUUUCCUCUUGUCUCAGCACCACCGAUAAGUGACUACCAUGGCGGAUAACCCCCCUCCAGCGGCCACGUUUAAGCUUGUGCUGGUCGGCGAUGGAGGAACUGGGAAGACGACUUUUGUCAAGAGACAUCUCACAGGAGAGUUUGAAAAGAAAUAUGUCGCUACGCUAGGAGUCGAGGUGCACCCCCUGGUUUUUCACACCAACAGAGGAGCGAUCAGGUUCAACGUGUGGGACACAGCCGGACAGGAGAAGUUUGGGGGCCUGAGAGAUGGCUACUACAUUCAAGCCCAGUGUGCCAUCAUCAUGUUCGACGUCACCUCCCGCGUCACGUACAAGAACGUCCCCAACUGGCACCGCGACCUGGUGCGCGUGUGCGAAAACAUUCCCAUCGUGCUGUGCGGCAACAAGGUGGACAUCAAAGACAGGAAAGUCAAAGCCAAAAGCAUCGUCUUUCAUCGCAAGAAGAACCUGCAGUACUAUGAUAUUUCGGCCAAGAGUAACUACAACUUUGAGAAGCCUUUCCUGUGGCUAGCAAAGAAAUUAGCCGGAGAUCCCAACAUGGAUUUUGUGGAAAUGCCAGCCCUUGCUCCCCCGGAAGUCUCAAUGGAUCCCAACAUGGCUGCCAAGUAUGAGGAGGAGCUUGAGGUUGCAGCACAAACGGCACUCCCAGACGACGAAGAUGACCUCUAACCUGUUACCUGAGCGACCCCCCAUCCCUCCCCCAUUCCUUCCCCUACUGUGGAAGUCAACUUGUUGGAAUUUUGCCCCCAUAACUGUACACCCCUUAAGAUUUUUUAUUUUUGAAUUCUUUUUGUUUUAAAAACUCAGUUUAAAAAAACGAUAAAAGCAAAACUUGGUGGAAAAGUUGCUGUUGAAUUUCACUGUAUAGACACAUCCACCCUAGUGUUGGCAUGGCAACAUGCUUCUCUUCGUCGAGCACCAUCCGCUGCACUUACCCCAGCUCGUGAUGCUGUUGUACGGUGUGUUGGAGGCACUAAGGGAGUAACGUUUGAAUAAAGACAUUCUCAAUACGA